UUGUUUGUGUUUUGCUUUCGUACAGAAAUUUUUGUUAUUCUCUCAAUGUUUCGAUAGUAGCACGUAACAUGAAUCGACAAGUCUUAAUUUAAUUUUGCGCUAUUGUUUGAGCAAUCAUCAAAGGUUUUAUUUUUUCGCAUAUGCUUUAAAAACAUAUCUUCGUGACAAUGACCAUGGAUUCUUAUGACAAAUUGCUGGAAACCGUCCUGCAAGAGUACAAAAUUUUAACAGAAUAUAAACGACUACAGAAUGAGGAUCUGGGAGGAAUAUAUGUGAUCCCAUCGUUUGAUAAUAGCUUUUUAUGGUUCGGAGUUCUGUUCGUUCGCGCUGGACCCUAUAAGGAUGGAGUGUUUCGCUUCAGUAUGACUUUGCCAGAAAAUUUCCCCAACGAUUCUGCAGUGCCGGCCAUUGUUUUUCAGAGCGAAAUCUUCCACCCACUGACUUGCCCGUACAGUGGGGCGCUCGAUCUGUCAGAGGCUUUUCCGAGGUGGAAAAACGGAGAGAACCACGUCUGGCAGCUGCUUAAGUUUGUGCAGUAUGUGUUCGCAAGCUUCGACGAGUACAUGUCUCUGGCGGAACAAAGCGCCAACAAUGUAGCCCAUGAAUUAUACCAUCAGAACCGUACCGAUUUCCUCCAGAAGGUGAAUGAAUGUGUGAAACUGAGCCAGAGUAAGCUGUACGAUCCUGCCCCUGUGCAGGAUAAGAAUUAUAUUCUAUUCGAAAGGUUCGAUAAGGAGACCCAUGGACCGGUGCUAGAAUCGAUUAAGCAAGGCAACACGAGCGAAGUGACAACUCCACCCACCUCGGGCCUCUCGUGGGUGAAGGAAGGGGUUUUCCAACCAUUGAGCAAGUAGGGGUGAUAGAGGUAGAAGAAAUAAUGUUAGAUGUACAAUUAUUUAUUGGUGAAUAAAGAAACCUGAACAAUUGAAUGGCAAUAAUA